ACCCUGACCCAGGCCCUGCCCUGUCCUGUCCUGUCUUCCCUGACCCAGGCCCUGUCCUGUCCUGUCCACCCUGACCCAGGCCCUGUCCCGUCCUGUCCUGUCCACCCUGACUCAGGCCCGUCCUGUCCUGUCCCGUCUGCCCUGACCCAGGCCCUGUCCUGUCCCGUCCUGUCUGCCCUGACCCAGGCCCUGUCCCGUCCUGUCUGCCCUGACCCAGGCCCCGUCCUGUUCUGUCCUGUCUGCCCUGACCCAGGCCCUGUCCCAUCCUGUCUGCCCUGACCCAGGCCCUGUCCCGUCCUGUCUGCCCUGACCCAGGCCCUGUCCCAUCCUGUCUGCCCUGACCCAGGCCCCGUCCUGUUCUGUCCUGUCUGCCCUGACCCAGGCCCUGUCCCGUCCUGUCCACUAUGACCCAGGCCCUGUCCUGUUCUGUCCUGUCUGCCCUGACCCAGGCCCUGUCCUGUCCUGUCCACUAUGACCCAGGCCCUGUCCUGUCCCGUCCUGUCCACCCUGACCCAGGCCCUGUCCCGUCCUGUCUGCCCUGACCCAGGCCCCGUCCUGUUCUGUCCUGCCCAUGCCCCACACUGCUGGCCGGCCCUGCUUCCCCCAAGCAGCCUUGGACACAGUGUCCCCAGGUGACCGGCCACUGUGCUCCGCCUGCGGUAUCCCAGCCUCCAGGCUCUGAGCUCGGGGCCUGCCUUGGAGAGGACCCCAGGGAGGAGCCUCAGCCCCAGCUCUCAGGGACGGGGGCUGUUCUGUGUGGGACAGUGGGCAGUGGUGGGCAGGGCCUUGCUAAGCCCCGGAAGGCUGAGGCCACGGGAGGCCAUCACAGCCCCACUGAGGUCACCUCGGGCUUCCCAAGGGGCUCAGGGCUGGAGAAAGACUGGCACAGAGGGGAAACUGAGGCACACGGCCUGGCCCUAGGAUGAGACUGUGGCACACGGCCCCUCACUUGUCCUCUUCCGGUCUCAGUCCCUUGCAGCACCUGUGGCACGCGGGGCAGCACGGCCACCCUGACACAGAGCCCUAUCCCCAGCCCAGGUGGCGCCGUGCCCCCCCCCAGCCUGCCGGGGCCCAGCGAGGACCCGCCUGGUCACAGGUGUGGAGCCAGGCCCCCUCGGGGGAGCAGGGCUGCACCUCCUCCUGCCCCCACGCCAGCACCGGCAGCGCUACUGCCACCCUCAUGUCCUGUCGCCACUGCCCACCAUGUCACUGGCAUGUCACAUCACCAUCACACUGUGUCACCAGCACCACCAGCCUGUCUCAUCGCCAUCCCUGUCCAGCAUCGUCACCACCGCAACCCAGCUCUGCCACAUCACAACACAGCACGUCUCGUCACUGUCUGUCACCAUCACAUCUCACCGCUGUCCCCGUCUCCGUCACCUCCAUGUCCCAUCACUGUCCCCAUCUCUGUCACCUCCACGUCCCGUCACUGACACCAUCCCUGUCACUUCCAUGUCCCGUCACUGUCCCCGUCUCCGUCACCUCCACGUCCCGUCACUGACACCAUCCCUGUCACUUCCAUGUCCCGUCACUGUCCCCGUCUCCGUCACCUCCACGUCCCGUCACUGACACCAUCCCUGUCACUUCCAUGUCCCGUCACUGUCCCCGUCUCUGUCACCUCCAUGUCCCGUCACUGACACCAUCCCUGUCACUUCCAUGUCCCGUCACUGUCCCCGUCUCUGUCACCUCCAUGUCCCAUCACUGUCCCCAUCUCCAUCACCUCCAUGUCCCAUCACUGUCCCUGUCUCUGUCACCUCCAUGUCCCAUCACUGUCCCCAUCUCCAUCACCUCCAUGUCCCAUCACUGUCCCUGUCUCCGUCACCUCCACGUCCCGUCACUGUCCCUGUCUCUGUCACCUCCAUGUCCUGUCACUAGCAUUGUCUCCAUCACCUUCACAUCCCAUCACUGCCACCAUCCCUGUCACCUACACGUCCCAUCACUGUCCCGGUCUCUGUCACCAUCACCUCCACGUCCUGUCACUUCCCCAUCUCCGUCACCAUCUCCGUCACUAUCACUGCCAUCGUUGCCAUCUCGGUGGCUGUCAAGGCCACAUCUCCACUGUCUCUCUGCAGCUGUCCCCUCACUGCCGCCAGCUCCGCCUCCGGCCACCGUCUGGGAAGCAGAGCCAUUCCCAGCCCUGGUCCACGGGCCUAGGUGGCAGCUGGCUGUGCCCUGGGCAGGGCUCUGGUCUAUGGCUGCGCCACAUCCUGGCAAGCCUGCCCAGAUGUGGGUGCCAGGGGCCAGCCCGAAAAGUGGCUGCUCAGAGUUGGGCAGGGGCUGGGGAGCCCGGGAGGGCCCCAGGGACAGGGAGACACCAAGUGGCCUGUGUUCUGGAACCUUCCCCUGGCGGUCACCCCCACCAGGAGCCCUCCCCAGACCCUCCCACCUGGACAGCCCUGCGCACCCCUGCACACCUGUUCUGACCCAUUGUCCAGAGAGGCGUGAGCAGUGGGGUCACCGGUCUCCAGCCCCCCGCCCAGACAGGACCCCGGUCCCCGCCGCAGAGGGAGGCCCUGGGAAGCAGCAGGUCCGGGCGAGCGAGGCAGGAGGCAGCACGCACAUGCUGGGCGACGCGAGUGGCCCCGAGUCCACUCAAGCUUUGGAGAGGGCCAGCGGCAGCUGGAAGGGUGGCAGCAGCCCGGGGCGGGCGCGUCCGGGCGGGCUCGCAGCUAGCUCUCACCACCAUGGCGGCCGCACCCCGAGGAAGCCCCGAGCAGCCGGGCUGGCGGCUGGCAGACCCAGAGGAAGGACGGUGCGAGAAGGACCCAGCUCUUCCCGUGACGAGCACUGCCCCGCCCGUUUCUCCCGAGUCCUGCGGCCACUCGCUUCCAGGUGCAAGCAAGACUCUGCCCUGCCCCCCGGCUCCUCUGCCAGGGUGCCCAGGGUAGACUGAGGGCGGGCCGGGCGCUGUCCUGUCCUCUGACCCCCACGUUAGGGCCCGCGCUGCCGGCUGCUCGCAGGGCCUGAUGCAAGCUGGGGCCCCCUGGGGUGGGCUCUUAGCACUCCCACGCCCGGAGCACCAAGGGUGGCGGCAAGGCCACUGUCCCUCGCCAUGAGGGCGGCGCCCAGGGGGUCACAGUGCCCCCGGUCGCAGCCCUGGGGUGGCAGAGCGGGGCCCGCGCAGCCUCUCUGGACCCGGGGGCGGCCCUGCAGACUCCUGCCCUCCCUCUCGCCUGCAGGCUGCCUGGUUGCCACCGUGGACCCUACGCUGCGGGGCAGGCCCCAGGCGGCCGUGGCAGUGCCCCUCUGCAAAGAGCUGGCUCCUUCCGGCGUGCUGCGCCCC